UUUGAACAUUUAUUAUUCCAGAAUGAAGAAAGUUAUUAGAUGGAAAUAACCUGCUUUGUAUCAAGAUCUCCUGUAAAAUGAAAAAGCUGAAGAGGCGAAUUUAUGUAUUGGUGUCACUGCAAAGCAUGAUGGGAUAAAGAAGGAAGAAGACAUGAGAACAUACAAGGAACCCAAGCGGAUUGAUAAGCCGAGAAUUCGUGAUUCAGCGAUAAGGCAGCUCAAUGAUGCUGCUAAAUUCGCUGCAAUUCAUUCCGCUGCUGUCAGUUUGCGAGAAGAAGAGGAGGCAAGAAAGCGUGAGGAAUCAGAGCGUCCAAGUGGGUCAUGUGAAAAUCAUGUGAUUCAAGACUUCAGUGUGGAGAAAAACCUGGUCAUCAACAGCCAAACAGAGAGCUAUAAAACAGAGGUAUCCCUGACAUCUGGAACUGUGACUAUUACAGAAGUUGCCAACAAACCUUUUCCUCUCUCUAGCAGCGAGCCAAAAAAUCAAGCUGAUGACAAAGACUCAUCGUUUUCUUCUUCCCUGUCAUCCAUCCCUACAGACUCCUACAUUUCAUCUGAUGGUAAACUCAGUGAUCUUGAUAACUCAGGAAUUUCUACCCAUGAUCCUCCUCUCUCACCUCAGCGGGUCACCGAAAAUGGGGUGGAUGAGGAAGAAAGGAAAAGUGAUCCUGAAGAAGAAGUAUUGGAGAAGAAAAACUCUGCUCUUGUUUCUGUUGAGAAAAAGAAGGCUCCAAAGCCAAUGAAAAAGAAAGCACCAACAGAGGGUGUUAUUAAAAAGUCUCCAAAAGAAAAGGCAAAGAAAAAAGUAAACAAAAAUUCUCCAGAAGUAAAACCUGUUAAAGGUAAAAAUGUGAAAGGGAAAAAGAAAGCAAGUCCCAAAGAGAUUCAUGAUGAUUCUUGUGCUCUUGAUACUUCGUUUGGUGAAAGCAGUAAAACUGAUGAAAGCGGAGCUUCUGUGUCUCCUCGUGCAUCUAAAAGGACUCCCAAAAAGAAUCGUAAAUAUCACAGUGAUGAAGAAGGUCAAUUCCAGAAUAUGGACGAUGGGAGCCCAAGUCGGAAGAGGUCGCCCAGAGCUGUGAAGAAGAGGAAAAUCAACUUUAAUGAAGAUGAUGAUGAUGAUGAUUUUGAGGAUGAACGCUUUGAUUUUGAUUUGGACAUGGAUUUGCCGGAAAAGGUAGAGAUAGCAAAACCAAAACCUCCACCAAAGAAAAGGAAAAAAGUGGAAUUAAACAGUGAAAUUGGUGAAAAUGACAAUGAAGCUAUGGUCACUGAUGAUUUAAUCCCCAAACCAAAAAAGACAAAAGGAUUAAAAAAAGCAAAAACCAAAAUUAACAGUGAUGAUUUAGUGCCUGAUCAAACUGAAAAUGAGAAGGGAAAAGAAAGUCCUCCCAAGAAGAAGAAAACAGUGAAGAAAAAGAAGAUGGAGAUUGAUAAGGCAAAUGAAAGUGUGGAAAAAGCUAGUGCUAUGACUGUUGACAAACCUCCAAAGAAAAAGAGAGCACCAAAGAAAAAAGUGGAGAAAAACGUGGAAAGUAAAGAAGGUGUUGGACUUGGUAGAGAUGAUGGAGAAGAGGAAAAUGAAGAUGGUGCUGAACCUGAGGAGAAAAAGGAGCCAGUGUUGAUUAGUUGUCCUUUGUGUGGACAGGUGUCUCGGAGUAAGAGUGCAUACACACGACACAUCAGGCGGUGUGUGGACAUUCCCAGAACCGACAACGGGGUGGGGAAAUCCUCAUCAGGGGAUGGAGCCAAGGUCAAAGAAGAAAAAGUUGUGGAGGAGAGUGUGGUUAAGGUGGAAAAGGACAAUGAUAAUGAUGCUCUACUUAAAUCUAGUGAAGAUAAUGAAGUGAAACCAAUUGAAGAGGAAGAGGAGGAAGAUGAGGAGAAAGACCACUUGGAUUCAAGUUUUGACAUAUCUGGUGAUGAGGAGAAUGAGGACAAGAAACCAGGAGAAUCAAAACCUGAGGAGUCGGGCCCAAAGAAAACGAUAAACAUUGAAACUCUAAUGAAAAAGCAAGGGCCUGAUACUACUUAUAAGUGUGAGCAUUGUGACUAUGCCACUCCUAAGCGAGCAAUGCUGGGAAGGCAUCUACGGACUCAUGGGAUAUAUGUCUGUCUACGAUGCAAUUUCAUAUACAACUCCAAGGACGUUCUUAAAGAGCAUGUGUUGCAGGAGCAUAAGGAUCGUGCCGAUUACAAACUGUGUAGGAAGUGCAGUCGUUAUAUUCGCUGUCACGAAAUAUCAUUAGAAAAACAUAUGGAGGAGUGUACGGGACCUGUGCCAUUUAAGUGUAAAUUCUGUGAGAAAGAGUUUAAGUACGAAUCUUCAUUAAAAUCUCAUAUCAUUCGCCAUGAUCCAGACGCGCCUAAACGCUUCAACUGCCCGCAGUGUACAUAUAAAUCAAACUACAAAGCCAAUCUCAAAAAGCAUUUAAAAAAUAUCCACAACACAGAACGUGUCAAAAAAGAAUACCCUUGUACUUUUGAAAACUGUGAGAAGAAAUUUCACACGGAGGACAAUUUAAAACGGCAUAUGAAGUUUCAUUCGGAUGUGAGGAACUAUCCAUGCCCUCAAUGUCCUAAACGUUUCAAAACUUCGGCAGCUUUAAGGGGUCAUGUCAUAGUUCAUGACCCUGCUCGUCCAUUUAAGUGCAAUAUUAACGAUUGUACGAAAGAUUUCAGAUCCAAAAAACUCUUGAAAAAUCACAAGGAGGAAUUUCACAAUAUGACGGACAAGAAAUUUCCAUGUGAUUUUGAGGGAUGCACAUUUACUUUCUUUAAAAGGAGUCAUUUGCAAAGACACAAAAUAUCCCAUACAGGUGAGCGGAAGUUUGGCUGUUCAGUGUGUGGGAAGGCAUUCAGACACGCAGACAACCUGAAGGUCCACAUGAGGCAGCACACCAAUGAAAAGCCAGUGGCGUGUGAACUGUGUAGCUUCACCUGUCGGCAAAAGAGCUCACUCCAAUACCAUCUCCACAAGUUCCACGGAAUCCCUCCAAAACCAAAGAAACCCAAGAAGCCAGUGGAUGCCAGUAUGAACUCUUCGUCAAACGACAGCAAGCCGAUCCUGUCGUCUCUAGAGUUUAAGGAAAACCAAAAGGACUUAAUGGAGAAGGCAGAGAGUAGUUUUGACAGUAAACCUUUUACUCCCAAGAAACGUGAAAAUCCGAUGGACUUGUACGAGUUCCGAUCGGACGAGGAAUUUGACGAUGACUCAGUGUUGAUGCCAUUAAGACAAGAUAAAACGUCUACGCCUAUACGUCACGAGAAAAUCUCGUUUUUAUCACAGACAUCAAAGUCGGAUCUGUUAGAUAGGACUUCUAAAAGUUUGGACUUUGAAGAUGACAAACUCAGUGACAUUGAUACUCAAAAGGACAGCAAAGAGCCGGAAGAUCAAAAGAAGAAGAAGAAGCUCCAAAUUAAAAUGGAGGAGAAUAUGGAAGAGGAGGAUGAACCAGUGAAAACCACUGCCAAAACUCAGAAACCAAAGAAAACAGCAGGGAGGAAGAAAAAAGGGAAAGCAAGUGAAAAUAAAGGUCAGCCUCAUUCUGACAAUGAGGAGAACUCAAAACUGGAAAAAUCGUUCGAGAUAGAAGAGAAACCCAGCAAACCAAAGGCCAAGCGAGGGAGAAAACCAAAAUCUAAACCUGAACCAGGUACAGGAUCUACCGUUGAAUCAACAGAAACUGCUGCUGAUAAUACAGAACCAGAAAAAGCUCCAGUCAAACCGCCAAGGAAAAAGCCAGGACCUAAACCAAAAAAUAAAGCACCACCAGCUGAAGAUACUAAAUCUAAAAAGAAGCGUGGGCCAAAAAAGAAGAAACCUCAAGUAAAUGACGACUUGACAGAGGAAGAGUCGACCCAAACACAGAAAAAGAAACGCAAAUAUGUACGCAAAAAGAAAGCCGAUAAACUGGUGGAAGAGAAAACAAAGGGAAGGAGGAAACCAGAAGGUGCUGAGAGUCAGGAGACAGAAGAGGAAGACACCAUUAUUUACAGUGAAUUGGAACACAACACUGCUAAUGAAGAUGAUGGGGAGGCGACAGAGAUUGAGGGCUUCAAUGACGAUGAGGCUGAAAACAAGAGUCCUGAUUCAGUCAAGUCCGUGGGAAGAGAGUCGCCUCAAGAGGAAGUGGAGAAAGAACCUGAGGAAAAAGAAGAGGAGGAAGAGGCAGCAGAAGAGGAUUUGGAAGAGGGAAAAGAAAAGGAAAUGAUGGUGGAAGAAAAAGAAAAGGUGGAAGAGGUCAUGGAAACAAAGGAAGUUAAGGAAGAGGAAGACAAGAGGACCAGUGAGGUGGAGAGUGAUAGGGUGAGCAGUGGCAUUGAUACUGACUUUGAGGAUGACCUUAAACCUCCACCUGCACCUAGGCCUCCUCCAGUGGUUGAGAGCGACGAGGGUGACAUUGAAUCAGGACCAGAGGAUAUGGACACUCCAGGUCGGGAUUUUGAGUCCACACCUCCAAAGUCGGUACAGAACCACAGUGUGCAAAGUCUUCCUGGCAGAGAUUAUGAAUCCACCCCACGAGACUACGAAUCCACCCCUCCAAAGUCUGUGCCGCCAGAUAAUGUUCCCAACUAUGGCAGCAAUGAAAACAAGAACGACGUCAUGUCACCUCCUUCCAAAGGAUACUCCAGUGUUGAAGCAGCUAAAAGAGAUCUCUCAAUUGAUUCUCAAAAUGAGGAUCGAGAAAUGUCAAAUCCUGUGCCUAGCAAUAUCAGCUACCCCCAGGCUGGGUCUGUGGAGCUCCCACCAUCAGUGGCCAGUAACCCCCCACAGGGCUCACAAAGCAAUACAGGUUAUGGAUCACAGUCAGAAUCGGCUAUGCCUGAAGUUGACAAAGACUACCUUGGACAGUAUCUUCAGCAGUUUGAUUCUGGUGGCCGGUCAUCAGAUGACAACAGCCGACUCAACCCUUCUGUGGAGAGACCUCCCGAGCAUAUCAACAUUCCCCCAUCACCCCAAGAUAAAGAGUUACCUCCUCUGAAUUUGAGCUCUUCAGUGCCACCUCUGAACCUUUCCACUACUCCGGAUAGAGACUCAAUGCAUACCAAAGGUGCAGAUCUGUCAAACAAAAGAAUGGAAAUUUUAACCUGUGAUAGACAACAAGAGGAACACUUCCAGCAAAGAUCUGAAAACCCAACUCGAACAUCUGAGCGAAUACCUGAUAAUGUAUAUGAAGGCUUCCCAACCAUGAACUCCUAUAUCCCUGGGUCAAGAGAAAACCCAUCUCUUUUCCCACCCACAACCACUGGUAGCUCAUCAUAUGCGUUUUCUGAGAGUGACUCCAUUUUACAGCGGCAGAGAAUGACCACGCCCUUCCUCACUCAGAGUGACCCCAAUGCUUUACAAAACCUUCACAGAAUGGCUGAUUCGGCUCUCACUGCCAAUAACCCAGCGUCUCUUCUCAGGCGCCCAACAACUGUACCCUCUAGGGAGGAGAUAUUUCCUCCACCCUCUGCUGUCUCUCAAACCAUGGCCCGUAACCCCUUCCACACCUCAUGGACUUCCCAAGACGUCCGACAUCCUCACUGGAGCCAGGCAUCUUACUUACAAAGGCCAGGAGGGUCCACUACAAACCCUCUCUUUCCAAAGGACAACUACCUCUCAGGGAGGGACUUCAUGUUUGACACAUCGAGACGUAGCGUCACGGAGAGGAACAUGUUUCCAGGGUUACCACAAACACAAAGACCAGAUCUUUCACACGAGACCUUCCCUGGUUUCGAGUUUGGUUACUUUGGGGGACAUGGUUACCCUGGUGCACCACCCCUGGACUAUACUCGCUCCUCCACUCAGACAGCAGCCCAAAAGACUUUAGAUGAAAGAUACAGGCAGUCAGCUACAGGGAUGAGUGACUUUAGGACUUUGCCUCCUUCAUCAUCUUCUGACAUGUUCAGAUCCAUGAAUCCAUCGUUUAAUUUUGAUAAGUACAUGUACAGUAGAGACCCUGUCUAUCAUCCCCAGCAUGUCGGGGACACCACCAAUAGUCCCUUUCUAACUCCUGGAGUGCCAUCUCAACAUGCAAUGUUCGAAAGAGACUACACAAGAGGGUUCUAUCACCAAAAUAGUCCCUAUAGCUUCAUGAACGACAAACCCUAUGCUGCUGCUGCAGCUGCUGCGUCAGCUAAGUUAACUCACCCCUCUACCCCGGGGAUGGGCCAGGAGAGAGACUUUGUGCCCCGCCCUAACACGGCAGCAGCAGCGGCCGCUGACAGCCAGAUACCUAUGCAGGACCCUUACCGACACCCCAUGCUGUAUAAUAUGAUGAACAGGUACUUUGAAUCAUGAACAGUUGUCCUUCCCAGUGGUACCAAGUGUUGACAGUGUGAGUUAUUAAGGCAGUUUGGUGAUGUGAUUUGAAUUGAAAAUGUGAACCGAGAAAAAAUGAUGUGAACAUUUUACAGGCGUACAUUGUGAAAAGUAUAAGUGAAGCCUUUGAAUAGGUAAAUUCACAAUAUGCUUAGUGGGAUGCUGUAUGAACAAAUAUGUAUCUGUCUAGUGAAAUCUGUUGAUGUAUGUUUCUCAGAACUCCGUUUUGUGUUGUGAAACACUGUAGAUAGAGAAGUGUAUAAAUUAUUAAUGUAUCAGUGCCACAUCUCAGAGAUGGCCAUUGUUUUGAUAUCUGUACAGAGGACUGGGGACCUGGACGUUGCCUUGCCUGUACUUAUAAUCAGUGUGUGAAGUGAAAUCCUCCCAGGCUUGUAUAUAUACUAGUGUUGUGAAAUCCUUUCAUUUAAAUGAGUGUUGUUUUUGCUUGGUACCAUGUAUAAGCACUGUGUACAUUUGUGUGCUUUAAAAAAAAGGUAGAUAUAUCAAUAAUAAGUAUUUAUCUGCAAUAAAACUUUUUUUAAUUACAAUUGUAAUAUUAUUAUGUGUAGAAUAGAGACAGUAUUUUUUUGGAAUUGCAUAUGAAUGUUGAAACAUGGAACAGAUGUGAGCAUGCAUGUAUGAACUCCAUGUAUGAACUACAUGUGUACACUACAUGUGGCAGAUUACAAGGCCACUCUCUUUAAAAUAACUAGCUUUUUGCAAAUUCAGAAGGUGUUGAUAAGUACUACUACGAUCUCAUUAUAAUUCAUCUUUUCACAUGCUUUAAAUGAUCUAUUUUUGUACAUAAGUGUAAAAUUAGCUUUCAGGCAUGAUGUAAUUAAGAGGGAAAAGGGAGGGGGGAAGUGAUGAGAACCAUUUUCUAUAGGAACCAUGUGACAUACGGGUCAUGUGACCUCAAUCCCUCUUAUUACCAUGACAUCUCUCCAUGUUGCAUGUUGACCGACACAAAAGCUUUAGUGCCAAGGCAUUACUUUCAAAAGAGUUUUUAAAACAACUUUUUAAUAGAAGUAAAUGCAUUACUUAUUAGAAAAUGUGCAUCCUCCAUAUAUAUUUUGGUGCAUUACUGUGUGCAAUUGUAUAAAUCAUUUCAGCAUUGUUCCACGGCUGCAUAAUGUCAUGAAACCCAAAAACCUUUUGUUUUAUUAUGUCAUUUAGAGAUGCCUAUCAACAAAAAAACCAUACCCUUAAAACCAUACCCUUCUAAUGCCAUUUUUUUCUUCUUUUUUUCAUCUUUUUCACUUUUUAUAUUGGAUUGUUCAUCUUUCACAUGUACAAAAAGCCAUAUCCUCUUUAUAAUAAACUGGUUGUAUUGUAAGUUGUGUGAGUUCAUGACAUGUAUCCUGGUGACUUCAAGAAUUACAUUUUAUAUUCACACACUAUUUAUUUGUACAUGUUGAUGCAUGAUAUGUGUGGUACCCUUUUAUAAAAUUCUGCAGCUUAUUCUACUUAUUUUAUUUGGUUUACAUUUUUUUUUACCCUUGAUUUGAACAAAUUUUUAGUUUUUAAGUGAAGGAAUAUUGAACACCAAAUAGGCAAAAUGGUCUAUUUCUACAUAUUUAAUUUGUUUUUGUUGAGUUCUUUGAUCAAAAAUAAGAAUAUUUUCAUAUACUCAGAAAAAUUGUAGGCUUAUUAUUAUUCUCCCAGGUUUUGGGGGGUUUUUUCUUCAUUUUUUACUUUUGAAAGAUGUCAACAAUUUGUAUUCUAGAUAAGUUUGUAAAAAUGAUGAAAAACAACAUCACAGAAUCAUAAUUAUUUCCUCAGGGUUUAUCAACAGUAUUCUGUGUUGCCUAGGUUACCUCGCUUUUAGCAAGAGGCAUUAUGGGUAUUUCAUUGAAGGUACACAGAUAUUCAUUAUCAGAAGAAAAGACUUCCAGGUUUUAAAUUGAAAUAAUAUUUUUUUCUUUGAUAGAGAACGAUUAAAGUUUGUUCUGAUUAAAAGUAAAUAAGAAAAACACCUUUUACUAAUAGGUAGUUAUUGAAGUUGUUUUAAGCUUUAAGUUACUCUGUUCAUUAUAAUUACCUUUAGUUUAAUCUACUUUUUGUUACUUUUAUACUUCACUAUGUUGAUUUCUUGUUAGGUUUUUCGACUGUAGGACAGUAUCUGCUGAAUUGUUUUGUUGUUUGUAUACUUUGUACAAUUUAUUUGUAAAUAUAUAUAUAUUAUUGUGUGAAUUUUUAGUGUUGUUAUUGCGAUAUAUAUAUUAUACAUUCAUUAUCAUUAUAUAAAUAUUUAUAAAUAUAUAUAUAUACAUAGUUAUUGGCAAUUCUGCUUGUUUGAUAGAAAAAAAUGUGAAUGUUGUUAAAGUUAUGUCCCUUUAAUGGUUUUUAUUACAAAUUUUAUUCUGUAAAUUUAAUGUUUGUGCAAACUUUUUUUCUCUUCACUUUCGUAAACAUAUUUGGGACUAAAAAAAGAAUAUGUGAAUGCUAAAAGUAAGCUCCCAUUUAUAUAUAGCAUAGAUCAUUUUAGAGAUAGUUUUAGAAAAAUAAAACAUUUUAUUACAUCA